UGAUCCGCCAUGUUUGUUUUCUGACACAAUAUACGUAUUCCGUGUUCGUUUUAACACUAAUCUCAAUGUCUUUAACACUUAGCGCAUUAAUUUUUCGAAAGCCAAUUUACCAAUUCAACCGAAGUGCAAGGGAUUUUUCAGGUUAGUUAGGGUGUGUCUGAUCGUGGAAAUCAGCCAUAUUUCGUGACUCAUCAUCAGAAAAAAACAUUCAGCCUUCAGAUUCACUUCCUGGGUCGUCGCCGAUUGAAAUAUUGGUGUCGGCGAAUUCAUCUGUUAUAGCUGUAUGAGUUUAUCAAACGAGGAGGAAGAGGAUUGCUCCGAACGCUCACAACUCAUGGAGACCGUGCCAAAUGUUCGUUACAGUGGAACAGGAGGAAGUGUAAAUUUUAGUGACCCGCCAGACACGGAAGAUGGCGGGAUCAGAACCCAUAUGUAUGGCGGCUUUGACAGAACGAGGCCCACUGGUGUCAGAGAACAGAAUGUGGAAUCUGAUAGUGAUGAAGCCUGUAACCGACGGAUUCAGCAAGAAAGUUCAACUCGUAGGACUGUGCAGCAACAUGACGAUGAAGAUGAUGAAGAGUUGACAUUAAAAUAUGGAGCCAAGCAUGUGAUAAUGUUAUUUGCACCUGUAUCUUUAUGUAUGUUAGUUGUUGUUGCUACAGUUGGUGCUGUAACUUUCUAUACAGAUGAUAGUGGUGGAGCCUACUUAAUUUACACUCCAUUCCAUGAGGAUAAAGGUGGUGCUGGUACAAAGGCAUGGAAUGCUUUUGCAAAUGCAGCUAUUAUGAUUGGUGUUAUUCUUGUCAUGACUAUCUUCCUUGUCAUUCUCUACAAGAAGCGAUGUUAUAAAUUUAUACAUGGUUGGCUGAUUGUAUCCUCACUGAUGUUAUUGUUCUUGUUCACCUACAUCUAUUUACAAGAAUUGUUGAGUACCUACAAUGUGCCUAUGGAUUAUAUAACGCUGACCAUUUUCAUGUGGAAUUUCGGCGUGGUUGGGAUGAUGUGUAUACAUUGGAAGGGACCAUUACAUCUACAGCAAGCCUAUUUGAUUAUAAUCUCUGCAUUGAUGGCGUUAGUGUUUAUCAAAUAUCUACCAGAGUGGACAACUUGGGUUAUUCUUGGUGCUAUAUCCAUAUAUGAUCUUGUAGCAGUGUUAUGCCCUCGUGGUCCUCUAAGAGUUCUUGUUGAGACUGCACAAGAAAGAAAUGAACCAAUAUUCCCGGCACUGAUUUAUUCAUCCACAAUGGUUUGGUUAGUAGGAAUGGCCGACAAUAAUCCCGAGCAGAGACCAAAAAGGAAAAAGAAAAAGUCCAACAAAAAAACGGAACUUGAACAACCAAUAAGGGAGCCUGGUAAGCGUCAUGAUGACGCCUUGAAUGAGGAUUUGGAUGAGGGUGGUUUUACAGACUGGUCAAAUCGUCAACCCAUACAAACACCAACUGACCCAAGAACACAAAGUGUGGAAUCUGUAGAUGCUAGAGCUGCCGCCAGUGCAUUGAGACGAUCAGCAAGUAAUGAACGACCAAGAGACACGACCGCAACUCUGGAUUUAGAAGAAGAAGAAGAACGUGGUGUGAAGCUUGGAUUAGGUGAUUUCAUCUUCUACAGUGUUCUUGUUGGAAAAGCCUCUUCUUACGGUGACUGGACAACAACGCUUGCUUGUUUUGUUGCUAUACUCAUUGGAUUGUGUUUGACUCUGUUAUUGUUGGCUAUUUUCAAGAAAGCUUUACCAGCCUUACCAAUCUCCAUCACGUUUGGUCUCAUAUUCUACUUCACUACCAGAUAUUUGGUGUCACCAUUUACUGAUACUUUAGCAAGUCAGCAGGUUUAUAUAUGAUACAUGUUGUCGGAAGGCGCUGUUUGAUUUUUUGAAUGCUCUCAUCAUCUUUGCCACCUCUACAUUUUGCACAUUUAUGUGUGUUUAAUUCUAAUUUCUUUUUGAUUUUUGACCAAAGGUAUGUUCAGUAGUUCUCCACUUAUAUGUAUGAAAAAACAAUUAUGCUGAUUUAUUUUCUGAGAGGUGAAAAAAAAAAAGACUUGGGCAUUCAAAAUGUUAAACAUUACCCUCAUGGAAGGCUACCGUACUUUACUUGGACAGGAAGUUCUGUAACAAAUAUAAUCCAGUGACAGUACAUUUAUUUACCCCAGUACAUUUUGCAUGUAACAAGACACAAGUCAGUUAAAAUAAUUAAGACAUAAAAAAACAGCUAAGGCCAAGAAAAACUCUGUUUUCUGUUCCACUUGCUUGCCUGCCAAACUCCAAUGCUAGGAACUGAUCUGUUUUCUUUCCUGGCUUGAAACUAUUUGAAUCUAGGAGGCAGUAUUCUAACUUCAUAUAGUUGUACAGAUAUGACAUAUUUUUGCUGUCUGAACUGGAAUGUAUCAAUAUGUGUGAAUUAAGUAAUUGAACUUGUUGCACCAUGAGUCAUGUUACUCUGUCUUUCUUCAAAUCACAGAUAUGUACAAACAUCUAUGUACACAUGUCUAAAUCCUUACUAUAAAUCUGAACAUAUUAGGUUUAUAGUAAGAAAUUUGAAAGAUUUAGGAAAGUAAUCCAAAGCAAAAUCAUAACAAUGAUUGUUUGUCCUCAUACUCACCUAGCACCAAUGCCAUAUUUGCUCUUAUUAAAAGUGCAUCUGAAUUGCAUAGAAACCAGAAAUUACAUACUGGAUUAUUAAAACGUGACUUUAUUUUGACCAUAGACAUUCCUCUGUCAUAUACAAAAGCACAUGCAUUACUAAUAGAGCAUAUGAUAAAUUGGCAGAAAUAUAUUAGAUUGGCCAUGUGGCUGCCAUACACAUUAUCAACAACAUCUAAUUGUCUGAGUAAAUAUAUCAGAUUUUUUUUAUAGUCAAUGCUGGAAAUGUUAUAUACAUUGCUUAAGUGUUUUAUGUACAAUGCUGUUUUUCACAGUAAAACAACAUUUUCAAUUCAACGUAUGGCUGAUACAUUUUUUUGAAAAUAGCAAUAUUAUUUUCUGCAGAUAGAAUGUUACGAUUUUAUCUAAAUAUUUAAAUACAAGUACUUGCUGUGAGGAUUCUCCUUUUAACAGUGUGUAAUCCUGCCAUAUUUUAGAUUUAUUCAUACAUAUCAAUUUCACGCUAAAGAGGUUCGGUGGAGCCAUGAGAUUCUAAUUUGACUUUCUACCAUUACUUGUGACAGAUUUUAUACAUAUAGUUGUGAUAGAUAUCUGGAGUUUAAUAAAAUUGUAAUACAAAAAAACAAAAACAAUUUUGGAAUCACACAGAACCAUUCCAAAUAUGUAGACUUUUUUAAAAACUUUGUUGUUUUUCAUUGCUUUGAUGGAUUACUAGGACACCACAGUCCAUAUUAAAAGUAAUACUAGGUAUAAAAGUCAUCGCCGCAAUUAAACACUCAAUUAAAGCUUCAGUCACCACAGAAAGCACUUGUAAAUUUUACUUAAAUGUUGUAUUUUACAUUUCCAUCUACUAUCUACACAAAUCACCUCUCUAAUAAAUUAAAGCGCUACAGUCGUCACACCACGUCAUGUUCAAUGUGGGACCCAUAGCAACUUAUACAACGCAUGUAAAAUGCAUUUACUCGGUAAAUACACACCGCAUGAUGACUGUGGUGAUUUAAUGUUAUUACUGUAGUAAGGGUAGAGCUAGCAUGUAUAGGAUACCUAUCCACUCUUCACUUUUGAGCUAUAUUUUCUAUUCUUUGUAUCGUAUGUCAGUAAUCUUUCACAUGUACUUUUAAUGAUACACUGUAAGCCUAUGGUAACAUGUAAACACCAUAGUUUUGUAAUAAUAAAUUUGAAUACAUUGAUGUUAUUAUUUACUGAAAAUGCUCCAUGCUCGAUAAGCUUCAGAAAAAACAUAUUCAUGUGAUGUAUUAAUAAUUUUUAUCAAACAGAACAUAAAUGCAAAAAUCAUUACUGAAUAAUGUCUGCUAUUUGAGAAAUGUAUCAAUAUAUAGUUCUACAUGGUGACCACCAGUACCCCGGUUUAUAAUGCCCUUAUAGCCGUGUACCUCAAGGAUAUAUAUUGUUUUUUUCUGAAUAAAAUCAUGCUUUGUAAUAUAA